AUGCUCACAAGGAACUGCUUAUCCCUGCUUCUCUGGGUCCUGUUUGAUGGAGGUCUCCUAACACCACUUCAGCCACAGCCACAACAGACUUUAGCCACGGAACCAACAGAAAAUGUUCUCCACCUGCCAGGGAGGCGAUCACAUUUCCAGCGAGUUAAACGUGGCUGGGUAUGGAAUCAAUUUUUUGUGCUGGAGGAAUACAUGGGCUCCGAGCCUCAGUAUGUGGGAAAGCUCCAUUCUGACUUAGAUAAAGGAGAGGGCACUGUUAAAUACACCCUCUCAGGAGACGGCGCGGGCACUGUUUUUACCAUUGAUGAAACUACAGGGGACAUUCAUGCAAUAAGGAGCCUGGAUAGAGAAGAGAAACCUUUCUACACACUUCGUGCUCAGGCUGUGGACAUAGAAACCAGGAAGCCCCUGGAGCCUGAAUCGGAAUUCAUCAUCAAAGUACAGGACAUUAAUGAUAAUGAGCCAAAGUUCUUGGAUGGACCUUACGUUGCUAGUGUCCCAGAAAUGUCUCCUGUGGGUGCAUAUGUGCUCCAGGUCAAGGCCACCGACGCGGAUGACCCGACCUAUGGAAACAGUGCCAGAGUUGUUUAUAGCAUUCUUCAGGGACAACCUUAUUUCUCUAUUGAUCCCAAGACAGGUGUUAUUAGAACAGCUUUGCCAAACAUGGACAGGGAAGUCAAAGAACAAUACCAAGUCCUCAUCCAAGCCAAGGAUAUGGGUGGACAACUAGGAGGGUUAGCCGGAACGACGAUAGUCAACAUCACCCUCACUGAUGUCAAUGACAAUCCACCUCGAUUCCCCAAAAGUAUUUUCCAUCUGAAAGUUCCCGAGUCUUCUCCUAUCGGCUCAGCCAUUGGACGAAUAAGAGCUGUGGAUCCUGAUUUUGGACAAAAUGCAGAAAUUGAAUACAAUAUUGUUCCAGGAGAUGGGGGAAAUUUGUUUGACAUCGUCACAGAUGAGGAUACACAAGAAGGAGUCAUCAAAUUGAAAAAGCCAUUAGAUUUUGAAACAAAGAAGGCAUAUACUUUUAAAGUAGAAGCCUCCAACCUUCACAUUGACCACAGAUUUCACUCCGCGGGCCCUUUUAAAGACACAGCCACAGUGAAGAUCAGUGUGCUGGAUAUUGAGGAGCCACCGGUGUUUAGCAAGCCGCUCUAUACCAUGGAGGUUUAUGAAGACACUCCAGUUGGGACCAUCAUCGGUGCUGUCACUGCACAAGACCUAGAUGUGGGCAGUAGUGCUGUUCGGUACUUCAUAGAUUGGAAGAGUGAUGGGGACAGCUACUUUACAAUAGAUGGAACUGAAGGAACCAUCGCCACUAAUGAAUUACUAGACAGAGAAAGCACCGCGCAGUAUAAUUUCUCCAUAAUUGCGAGUAAAGUUAGUAACCCGUUAUUAAGCAGCAAAGUCAACAUAUUGAUUAAUGUCUUAGAUGUCAAUGAAUUUCCUCCAGAAAUAUCUGUGCCAUAUGAGACAGCUGUGUGUGAAAAUGCCAAACCGGGACAGAUAAUUCAGAUAGUCAGCGCUGCAGACCGAGAUCUUUCACCUGCUGGGCAGCAAUUUUCCUUUAGAUUAUCACCUGAAGCUGCCGUCAAACCAAAUUUUACAGUCCGUGACUUCAGAAACAACACAGCUGGAAUUGAAACCCGAAGAAAUGGAUACAGCCGCAGGCAGCAAGAGUUGUAUUUCCUCCCUGUUGUAAUAGAAGACAGCAGUUACCCUGUGCAGAGCAGCACAAACACCAUGACUAUUCGAGUUUGUAGAUGUGACUCUGAUGGUACCAUCCUGUCUUGUAAUGUGGAAGCAAUUUUUCUACCUGUAGGACUCAGCACUGGGGCUUUGAUUGCCAUCCUACUGUGCAUUGUUAUACUCUUAGCCAUCGUUGUACUGUAUGUAGCUCUGCGAAGGCAGAAGAAGAAAGACACUCUAAUGACCUCGAAAGAAGACAUCAGAGACAACGUUAUCCAUUAUGAUGACGAAGGAGGUGGGGAGGAGGACACCCAGGCUUUCGAUAUUGGUGCUCUGAGAAAUCCGAAAGUGAUUGAAGAAAACAAAAUUCGCAGGGAUAUAAAACCAGACUCUCUCUGUUUACCUCGUCAGAGACCACCGGUGGAAGACAACACAGACAUAAGGGAUUUCAUUAAUCAAAGGCUGCAGGAAAAUGACGUGGACCCGACUGCUCCACCGUACGAUUCAUUGGCUACAUAUGCAUAUGAAGGAAAUGGAUCAGUAGCAGACUCCCUUAGCUCUAUAGACUCUCUCACCACGGAAGCUGACCAGGACUACGACUAUCUGGCAGACUGGGGACCCCGCUUUAAAGUCUUGGCAGACAUGUUUGGUGAAGAAGAGAGUUAUAACCCUGAUAAAGUCACUUAG